AUGGAUCCCCAUCACUUACUCUCUAAUCGAGAUGGUCCAAUGAUCUCUGGAAUCUCUGGAACCUCUGGAAUCUCCGGAAUCUCCGGAAUCUCCGGAAGCUCCGGAAUCUCGAAUCUCUCUGGCAUCUCCGGGGUUUUACCUAUGCCAAUCAGUGGCGCCACUGUAAACUCACCCGGUGCUCUUGGACUUUCCCAUUCAACAGCUGGACCCUCAUAUCUCUUCAACAAUGAGCAAUACUUGACUACUCAAGGAUUCGAAGAGUCUGAGCAUUCAGCAAGUGGCGAUGAAUUCCCGCCAAUGGCUAGAGAUCGAUGCAAUACUUGGCCAUUGAGAAGGCCUGGACAGGGGAAUGAGGAGACAAGUCCGACUAUACAAGAAGCGAUACAGGAGGAGGGAAGCUUGUACGACAGUUCGGAGAAUCUGGGCGCUGGACCAAACUCAACAACGAUCGUUGGAAGCCCGGAUCCGACCGGCUUCUCACCCGGAAUGGCUUCACCGACGGGUUAUGGCGGCGGAAUUGCUCCAUCAUCCGGCGCUUCGGAUACUUCGGAUCCUGGUCAACCGCAGGGGAAAAAGAGUGCUACGAGUUUCAGACGAAACGCUUGGGGCAGCAUGUCAUACGCGGAUCUCAUCACUCAAGCCAUCAUGCAAAGCCCGGAGAAACGCCUCACACUCGCACAGGUCUACGAAUGGAUGGUUCAAAAUGUUCCCUAUUUCCGCGACAAAGGCGACUCGAACAGCUCGGCUGGAUGGAAGAAUUCGAUUCGACACAACUUGUCACUUCACUCGCGCUUUAUGCGAAUUCAGAAUGAAGGAGCUGGGAAAUCUUCAUGGUGGGUGAUCAAUCCAGACGCAAAACCAGGUCGAAACCCACGACGAACUCGCGAUCGAGCUGCUACUGCUGAUUCAAAAACGAUUGGAAAUCUAAAAGAAACCCGACGAAAGGCUCGCAAUCGUGUGAAAGAUAUUCGAGCGAUGAUGGGUGGAAGUGUCUCCUCAUCACAAGUUUCAAUCUCAUCACAUGAACCCCUUUUCGCUGAUGAUCCAAAUUUCCCACCAAUGUUUAGAGAUCGUGCCAACUCGGCGCUCACCAAUCCAGCUUCUCGUGUUUCGCCGAGUAUGGAGGGCUUCAACGAUUUCGAUUUCCCUCCAUGGGUUGACGCCUCGGCUCCACCGCAAAUCCCGGCUGAUAUCGUCGACAGAACACAGGAGAUUCGCCUCGAGGGUUGUAUUGAUGCGAAUUCGCCGGCUUUCCGUCGAACUCUUCUCAAUGGGAUCAAUGGAGAGCACAAGGAGAUGAAAACGGCGAAAUUGGAGCUCCAAGAUCCGCCAAUGAUGCAAACAGCUCCACCAUCGUAUCACGAGUUGAACGCAGUGCGCUCGCAGAAUCAACAGAUGCAGAAUCCGUUGCUCCGGAAUGCAGCACUCGGUCAAUUGCCAAAACAGGGUGGCUCUUAUGGUUUCUCUCCAUACUCAACGUGGAAUAUGUCACCCGGAAUGUCAUUGCCAACAACACAAUCAUGCGCUUCACAACAGGUUGCAUCGAUGGGCAGUCUGCCAGUAGAUCUCGAGAAUCUAACCCUUCCCGAUCAACCACUAAUGGAAAUGGAUAUGGAGGCAGUGCUGAGACACGAGCUCUCCCAAACCAACAAUCAACUCAAUUUCGAUAUC